UCAAAGCAUCAAAGCUUAUUUUUAUUUCAGAGUUUUUAUUUGCAUCCUAACAAACAUCUUAGCCUAUAUGUUUGAGGAAAAUGAGUCUGCGCUUCAGAUUGGCUUAUUUUAUUUUAAUUGUUAUUUUGUGUUACUUUAUGUUAUUUUAUUGAUAUUUGUAAACUUCUGAACACAGAACAGUUUUCAAAACCAAGGGAGCUCAGUUUUGGUGAAACAGUGGCAUCAUGGAACAUGAAGAGGGUAUGUCCACAUGAAAAAUAUUGCUGAGGUAGAGUAACUUGAGAACAAGCUACUAAAUAAGCUAUAGGUGGAAAAACUUGGUUGGACUGCAAGGCAGUGCUGCUUUUCAGGACCAGGAGAUCACAAAGGAGUCUUAAGAAAGGCAUUCACUUCACCUUGCUUUUUUUUCCCCCCGAAGUUGUUUCAGUUACUCAGUUUGCUUUAAUAAUGCCUCUUUUUCAUCUGCUCUGUUAUGAUUUUUCUACCCUUCAUCUUGACAUUUUUGGCAGUUGUGACUUGAAUUUCAAGUGUUUAGUUUAAACGUUAACACUUCAUUUUUGAACUCUAGAAAGGCAAGUAAGAAAUAUUUUUUAAAAAGUGAGUGGAACAAGAGUCAGCAGUUGACAAGAGUAGCAGGAGUUCAGUCAGAAUUAAGUUCAGGGAAAUGUUGCAUCAGUUAUGAAGAGUUACUUAGGAAGGACAAUAAGGCUAAUUAUUGACUGCCUCUGCAGUGUAGUAAGAGGUAGGUAAAAAGUUUAACUGUGAAUCCUAUUACAUGCCUUGAUGGUUUAUUUUCUGCAGGGGCAAAGAAACUGAAAACACAAAUCUUCCAGACUUUGGAGGUCUGCAUUGUAUGAUUCGUGGCCAGUGGCAGGACUUGAGGAAACACAUGAAGCUGAGUCAGAGGAGAUUUAGGUUAAGAUACCAGAAAAAAGUUUUUCACCCAGAGGAUGGCUGAGCAGGCUCCCCAGGGAAGUCAUAGCACCAGCCUGAGGGAGUUGAAGAUGUGUUUGGGCAAUACUUUCCAGGCAUAUGUAUCUUGAGGUGUCCAUGUAGGGCCAGGAGCUGAACUCAAUGAUCCUGAUGGGUCCCUUCUAACUCUGUAUAUUCUGUGACUGUGAUUCUAUGACUGACAACUGAAAGUCUUACCAAUAUCCUUUUAGCUCCCUGCUCUGCCUUCUGGUACCUUUUUAAAUUAUCUGUAUUCAGCAGCACUCUUCAUCGGUCUCCUUUGUAUUGUUGCCGUCAAAAUCUGCAUAGUAUCCUAGAAAAUCUGUACAGUGCAAAAACUUUGAUUUACUUAGCACUGAGGGGGAAGUGAGGGAGAAAAAGAGUCUUUUGUUUUUCUUCUCCAGUUACCUUAGACAGUGCACUGGUCUUUGUGUUGCUUAUAUAGUUAGUGUUCAUUACCCCAGGUUUUUUCUUUGCCUUUCGUGCUUCUGCAUCAAUAGAACCUAAAUACUUAAGUUGGGUAGGAACAGGUCACGGGUAAAUAUAUAGGAAAGAAAGCUUACAAGGUGAUGAAUAGUCACAGGAGCUGAAUCAAAAGGGAAAUGAGCAGUAAGGAGUAACUGUUGGAGUAGAUUUUUGGGGGCAGAAGAAGAAUAUGGAGAGAACUGUUAAGGGAUAUAAUUGUUGUACUUGUUUCAAGGUGAAAGAACUCAGUGAAGCAUCACAUGGAGGCUUCAUUCAUACUUCUGGCAGAGUAACUUACAAGCCAUAUUUAACAUAUGUAACAAGUUGCAGAUGUAUCCUUCAGGCACUAUAUGAUAGUUCUCUGAAGCCUGUAUGCUUUUGAGUUAAAAAUUUUGAUAAAAUUAAGCCAGACUUUUUCCAUCAUCUUUUCAACUGGUGAGUAGGUUGUGACAUUACAAAUGAGAUUGUGAAAAUUCAGUGUAUUCAGCAAAUUAAAGGAAGCCUGAUCCUUUAAUUCCCUACAAGGGAUUUGUCCUAGAUGACUAAACUGUUCCAUGUUUAUGGGUCUACAGGUUGAGAUUUUUCAAUCUAAUUUUUCUAUCCAUUAUAUGGUUUGAUUAUAAGAUCAAGUCACUAUUUUCAGCAGAAGUGAGAUCUUAGUCCUUGAAAUUUAGCAGUAUCCCUCACUGCACAGUGAUGCACCAGUCCCCUUAAGUACUGUCCCUCUCUUUCCUUGUGUGAGACUGCACACUGCAUGAGCAGGCAGUCAUCUUCCUUCCAAUAAUAAGAGUUUGGCAGGGCCCUCUGUGGUACAAAAUAUAAUCUUUCCACAUCAUAGGAUCUUUUUCCCCAAGUUUUGGCUUGCUAGCAGUCAGAAAUGGGGAAAUAAAAGGCCUUUGCAUCUAACUUUUAUUUCUUUCUGGCUUGUGUUUGAUAAUGCCUCUAAUGACAUGGCACAAUAUUAGUUUUCAUUUAUUUCAGUUAUCUUCUUAUGCUAAUUGAAUGACAGAAGUGUUGCCUUUGACAUGUCUUGAGUUCUGCCUGUUUCUUCCUGAACAUUGCAUGGUUGUCAGCUACAUCACCAUCUUAUGCAUAAGUGACAGUACAUGCUGUACCUCUGCAGCUCUGCAAAUGCUCUCAUGAUUUCAGCCUAGUAUGUGAUACCAGGGUAAGGUCAUAUAAAUGAACACUUCCAGUAGCAAAUUUGCUACUGCUAAUUUAGUUGUUAUGGAGAAAUCAGAAUAAACUGUCUUACAAUUCACACCUUCCGCUUGUGUAUGAAUCAAAUUGGAUUUCAAUAUAUAUCAAGCAUUCUGGCAAACUGAAUAUGUGAAAUAUGUUCAUUUUGUAGCAUCUAAACAGAAAAAUACUUCUAUACAUAUAACAUGUAUGAUAGACAACAUCCACAAAAUCUGAUUCAUGGAGACCAAAGAAAUGAACAUCAGAACAUACAUCCAGAAAAUCAAGAGCUAGUGCGAGCUCUUCGUCAGCAGCUUCAAACUGAUCAGGAUGCUUCUGCUGGUGAUCGGCAUCGCUUCUAUACAGAUAUGUCGUGUCCAGUCUGUUUGCAACAGGCUACAUUUCCUAUAGAAACCAACUGUGGACAUCUCUUCUGUGGUUCCUGCAUUAUUGCCUACUGGAGGUAUGGCUCGUGGCUGGGUGCCAUCCGCUGUCCGAUCUGCAGACAGACGGUGACACUAUUCUUACCACUCUUUGGUGAAGAUCAGCAGGGUGCAGCCCAAGUGUUUCAAGAUGUUAAUGAUUACAAUCGAAGAUUUUCAGGACAGCCCAGAUCGAUUAUGGAAAGAAUUAUGGAUCUCCCCACUUUAUUGCGACAUGCUUUCAGGGAGAUGUUUUCUGUAGGUGGCCUCUUCUGGAUGUUUCGCAUCAGAAUAUUCCUCUGCUUGAUUGGAGCCUUGUUGUACCUGGCUUCACCUCUGGAUUUUCUUCCUGAAGCUCUGUUUGGAAUUCUGGGGUUCUUGGAUGAUUUCUUUGUCAUUUUUCUGCUGCUGAUAUAUAUCUCUAUCAUGUACAGAGAAGUGGUAACACAGCGUCUAAAUAGAUGAAAUGGACAAAAGUGACCUAAAAGCAGAGUCAGUUAUGGAAUGUUUUAAAAAGAAAACUAUAACGUAAGUAUGAUAUAGCAAGGUGCCUGUGUAUGAUUUCAGUAGUAACAAUUUCUUAGCUGGUUUUGUUAUAAAACAUAAAGGGUUAGUGUAUGGUGAUGCUUAACUGGAAUCUUUAAUUUGUGCAUUACAUAUGCUUCAUAAGAAUGAGGUUAGUUUUAUAAUGUUAUAAUAAACCACCUUCAUCUACUUCCACCUGAUGAACAACUGUGUGUAAUGAAAGCAGGAAACGCUUUCUUUGGUGUGUUGUGGUUUGUGAAAAAGGAGUUCUAGCAAAGUACUUCAAACAAUAAGCCCUUUGCAUAAUCUAGAUGUGUAAGAAAAUUCAGAAAUUCUUCACAGUACAGUUAUCAUGACUAAAUUGUUUGAUGUCUCCCUGUUGUGGGCUAGAGUUUUUUGAAAUAAAAAUUGCUUUGUUUGUUUCUGUGGAAGAAGAAACCCAUGGACCGCAUUACAGUUACCACUCUGCAGUUUGCUGUUGUCCACAUGCUUCAGAAAAAUAAGGAUAAUACCUUGGUAUUGCUUGAACUGCACUUUGUACCAUGCAAUUGUAUUGCAUGCAAUUUGUACCAUUUUAUUUUUAUAUUUGGGAAUAUAUACACAGUAUCUGCUCUACAUUGAGAAACCAGUAUUAUGCACGUCACACUUGUUAGUGCUCUAUUUUUUUAAGUGAGAGCAUGGUUUUUCUCUUCAGACUUUUUUAUUUGGUAAGUAUGUAUCUUAGAAGCAGAGGUUUUGUGCUGCUUUGGGUCAAUACAGUAUGUCUGAAAUGCAACUUUGCAUUUCUGUAUAUGCAUUAAAACAUUCGGCCAAUUGGAGAGGACACUCAAAUUCCAAGUAGUGGUUGAAAAAAGGAAGUCAGAACUGGAUGUUUACAGUACAUGUACAUGUAUGUGUACAGUGUAGAUGUUUACCCAAAUGUCCAUUCUGCCAUAUAUGUGUACUAAACAACAUAGAUAUUGGGGUGAUUUUCAGUUAGAGUUCUCUUGUUUGGUUGGUUGUUUGAUUUGGAUGUCGAUAGAAGAGGUUCUGAAUUACCUUGAAAGAUAGUCUGUGAUAAAGGACCACAAAAAAAUCUUGAAAAUGUUUUCAAAAAUACCAGGGUAUUAAUUAUCCUUAAAGCUGAUUUUUUUUUUUUCAUGUUGAAUUUGAGCCUAGGCUAUCAUAGCUAUACAAGUAAUUUGAAAAUGCUCUCAUUUUGUGCAAUGAUUGCGCCUAUAAAGGUCCGGGAUAUGAGAGAUCAUUGUACUUUUUAGCUAGAGGAAUGAUAAUUGCAAUUUAGCUUCCUGAUACUUGAAAGACAGUGAAUUAAUAGGUGAUUCUUUGUGUGUUUACAUAUAUAGGUGAGACUUAAAAUGAAAGGGACCUUUUCACCGCUUCUGUGUUUUCCCCUUGCAGGUGUCUUUCCAUAGCUUCUAGCACUUAGGUAUAUGCAGGAAGAUGAUGAAGCUGAAACCUCAGGUGUCAGUCAUUGAGGGUGCAGAUUGUCAUUCAGUGUCAGUGUUCAAAAUGGCAUUCAUUUAAAACUAAAUUCACCAAUUCUUCAUUUGAAAAUUUAGUUUUGGAAAUCCAAGGACAUUUUACAAAUGAACUGGAAAGCUAAACUUUUCUUUGUGGCUGUUUGUUAGAGCUGGGCAAGAAGAGAAAAGGGAAGUGAAGCAAGGUUUGGAGGAAAAGAGUGAGAGAAAAAAUUACAUUUUUGGAAGCAAAUGCUAGCUAAUUUUUCUUGAGCAUCUUGGUUGAGCUUUUCACCUCGUGUUGGCAUUGCUAAUGUAUGGUGAUGUUUUAGUGGCUACCUCAGUUAAAACUCUUUAAGGUGUUAUUGAGUAAGGGUGAGAUAUUCAUAAGCUGUUAGGUGCAUUCACAAAGCGAGAUAGUAGUUUAGGAUAUUAUGUAAGACAGGGUUUCACAGUUUUGCUGUAAGUAUUGUUUUUGGUUUUGGGGUUAUCUUUCCCAAGAAAUCUAGCUGAAAACAAACCCCAAAAAUUCUUUUUUGAUUGAGUAAAUUUAACAGCCUCUUCUCUGCUGGAGUUUAAUUUGUAGGUCUGCUAAAGAAAAGUGUGAACUGCUCUCGUAGAGAAAUUAGAAUUCGUUAAUGGAAUUUGUUGAUAUGGUACUUCAUCCAUACUUUUACCCUAUGAUUAUAAUUUUCCCACGACUCUAAAUCCAGAGUGGAUAUAGAUGUACAUGAAUCUGCUUACUGAUUGGUUUUCUUUGAAUUUCCCAAUUCCAUGCACUACUGUGAAGUUCAUGUGGAAAUUCCCUAUCCCUUCUGAGGGGAUCUUGAAUAUCUGAAAUCAUACACAAACCACAUCUGAAAGACUAUAUGAAGUUUCCCAUGUUCUUUUUCUUCAGUACAUUUCUGAUAGCCAGAAGUGUUUCACUCAGAGGCUUCUGCUUACUUUUGAGUAUUGAGUAACCUGUAAUCUUAAAUUCAGCACAUUAAAUGCUUGACAGAAUUAGAACUGUUCUUUUCAUCAAUAUGCGUGCUUGCCUGUGGAUAUUCUUUUUUGGUCCUGCAAGCCAAUGAUAAACAGUAUUAUGACUUGUUCAGGCCUUUUUGUGCAAUGCAAAGAUGCAUCUGUCCUGCAAUGUCUGGCCACUGUUCCUUUCCACAAAUCAGGAAUAGCUAUAAGUUAGAUAUCUUGGGUACUUAGCUUGAGCUUAACGUAAACUCUAGAGCUCCCAAGAAGCUGGAGAUUAAAACAUGAGCAUGUAGUAUUUGUGAACUGUGUGCUGCCAAUUAAUCACAACUUGGCAAUGUGAAAGGUAAGGGUUAGGGCUGAACACUGGCUUCAGAAUGUGUGCAGAGUGACUGCAAACAUCGCUAUGGUUUUAUCUCCUAAGAUGGGGCGGGCAUGUCACUAAGGGGGGAAAAUUUAAAAACUGAAAACUAUAGCAGGAAGAUGUACGGGGAUAAAACAGAGUUCUUAAAAGAUCACAUGGGCACCAAAAGCUAUGUGAAAUAUUUGAUUGUUCUAGCAAUAUUAACAAAGAGAAAAACAGAAAUUAUACUUAAUAGCUCUUACAAAAUAACUUGUAGCAUCUUGAGGCCUAAUGAUCAUCGCUGUAUAGAGCGAUCCAUUUCUGUGCUAUUUGUGUGCCACACCACUGAUGUCUGUGAGGACCAGGCACAACAGUGUGGUUUGGGGAUACAAUUUUGCCGUAAGUUUCAUAAAACUGUAGCAGUAUGUUACACUAGAUUUUUAAGACAGAAGAAUUUAAAACUACUUGUUACUUUUAAUUAUAAUAAAUUGCUGUUAAAGAGA